AUGAAUCAGUUUUCAGAGGGUGUUGCCAUUGAAAUUGACUUAACUUCUCUUUAUAUGCUGUUUGCCUUAACAAACUACCUGAAGUUUUGGAUUACCUCAAUCAAGACAUUUGGAGGCAAAAAAGCACCACUGUUUCUUGUUGCCACACACACAGAGAAAAAAUCUACAGCUGAAAUAGAGAGGUUCUUUGGGGAGUUCUGGAAUGCUGUACCAGACGAGGACAGAGAUUGGUUAAGUGAGUCUCUGAAUGAUCGGGAAUAUGCAGUGGGUCUAAAGGAACUUAAUGAUAACACUAAGGCAAUUCUAGAGUCAAUGAAAAACUCUAUAGUGGAAUUAUUUAUGGAUGAGAAUACUACAAAAAUUGAAUUGCCUUCUUCAUGGGCUUUAAUGGAGCAGUUAUUGUAUGAAGGAGCCUGGAAGGUGUUGUCCCUGAGUGAAAUCUGGAAGCUCAACGCAUCUGUUCCCGAUGAAUACCAAAUCAAAAGUGACGAGGAAAUGUCCAAAUUUUUAAAAUGUUUCCAUGACAAUGGUCUUCUUUUGAAUUUUGGAGAAGCAGAAUUGAGGGAACAUGUUAUACUGGACAUUCAGUGGCUUGCUAAUGCUUUCAGCAAGAUAAUUGCUGAUGAAAACCACAUCAAUAAAGAUUGUAAAAGAAAAUUAAUAAAAGUGUGGAAAUCCUUCAACAAAACGGGGGAACUUAAAGAUAAAGUGAUAAAUGCACUGUGGAAAGAUGAACCCUCUUACUCGAAACAUAAAAGUGAAAUCAUGCCAUACAUGGAGAAACUUCAAAUGCUGGUACCUUUGAAUGCAUUUGAGGCUGUAUCAGAAGGUGGCAUGUCAUGGUAUGUCCCAUGUAUGAACAAAAAGCAGUUUAAAGCUGACUUUUUUGAAGAUAAAUGGGAAUGCUCAUCCAUUUUGUGCUAUCGAUUCAAUUCCUUUGCCAUGUUUGUGUUCUACAGACUAGUAGCAUACUGCAUAAGUUUUCUAAAAUGGAGUGUCACAAAAGAUGAAGACAAUGAAGGAAGUCAGUGUCUUUAUCAAACAGCGGCAGUAUUUGAUCACAAAGAACACACUGUUGUUGUUGGCAUAUGCAAUGAUGAUAUCCAAUUGCAAGUGUUCAGGAUCAAACCAUUGACUGUAGACAAAGAAGUAUCAAAUGAAAUUGGAGCCUCCAUUGAUAAAGCAAUAGAAAAAUUGACAGAAACAUUUAUUGGCACAAAGAUAUUCAUCAGAGGAUACAAAUGUCAAAAUAUUAUUUGUAAUGAGAAAGAUUCAUCUUUCACCCUUUCAAGUGAGCUCUCCAAGAUCAAGGCAAAAGAAACACAGUGCAAGUGUCAACUUCGAGAGAAACAUGUGAUAAAUAUACAGACCACUCUAGGAUUCUGGGAAAAGAGAGAGUCGAGUGAUUCCAGUACUCCUGUGGCCUCUGGACAAAACCUAGAAGGCCGGUCUAGAUUUGCAAAACUUGGUAUGGCUACAAAUGAUGUGUUAAAUAAGGCAUACAGAGAUAUUCUAGAAUCAGAAAUUCCUGCAUCUGAUAUUGAGAACAAGGUGGAUUUAUUAUCAAACAAAAAGUUGAAGAGUCUAAAUCUAAAUGCAAAUCAAGAAGAUCAAUUGAAAAAGGCAAAAAUAUCAGGAUAUGAGGAAUUUGAUAUUUCAUUAACAUACAAAUUGAUAAGAAACAUUUGUUCAAAGAUUCCUAAACCAACAAAAGGAAAGUGGGGAGAAGAACCUGCAGCAGGAGAGGUGAGAGUGGGUGAUGAUAUCGAGAGAAUUAGGUCAAUACGAAAUAGACUUGCUGCACACAUGAGUUCAGCCUCCAUCCCUCAGACAGAAUUCGACGAUACCUGGUCAACAAUGUCAGAUGUCUGCCAAAGACUGGAAACUUUCACUAGAAAAAAGUACUUGGAUAGUCUUAAAGGCAUUCAAAAACUGGCUCUAAAAGAGGAAGGGGAAGAUGCAAUAAAAACUAUCAUGGAAAAGUUUGUCUAG